GAGUUUUAAAAGCUGCAGGGGGACGCUGGUGAGCAGAUUCAGAACAGGCUUCAAACGAGAGGAGCGAUGUUUGGAAAACGCAGCGCACUGAAUACCUGGGGGAUGUUUUUGUUACUUCUCGCUGUAAUGCUGCCUCUUAACCAAGCAGCUCACCCCUGCUGCUCCAACCCCUGCCAGAACCAGGGAGUUUGCACCUCAGUCGGCUUCGACGGUUAUGAGUGCGAUUGCACUCGGACUGGAUUUUACGGCGAAAACUGCACCAAACCCGAGUUCUGGACCUGGGUGAAACUGAGCCUGAAACCGACUCCUAACACAGUCCAUCACAUCCUGACCCACUAUCAAGGAAUUUGGAAUUUAGUUAAUCAGAUCCCUUUCCUAAGGGACAGAAUCAUGCGUUACGUCUUAACGUCCAGAUCUCAUUUGAUUGACAGCCCCCCUACCUACAAUGCAGAGUAUGACUACAAGAGCUGGGAAGCAUAUGCCAAUAUCUCCUACUACACCAGAACUCUUCCUCCAACUCCUGAAGACUGCCCAACUCCAAUGGGAGUAGUUGGAAAGAAAACACUGCCUGAUCCCAAGUAUUUAGCAGAAAGAUUCCUCAUGAGGAAGAAAUUUGUGCCUGAUCCCCAAAGGACCAAUAUGAUGUUUGCCUUCUUUGCUCAGCAUUUCACCCACCAGUUUUUUAAGACUGACCAGAACCGAGGCCCUGCAUUUACCAGGGGUUUGGGACAUGGCGUUGACCUGAGCCAUGUUUAUGGAGAAACUUUGGACAGACAGCACAAACUGAGACUAUUUAGAGACGGAAAACUUAAGUACCAGGUUCACAAUGGAAAAGUCUUUCCUCCCACUGUUAAGGAUGCAGGGGUAGAGAUGACUUACCCUCCUCACACCCCAGAACAGUUGCAGUUUGCUGUGGGACAAGAAUUCUUUGGCCUGGUUCCAGGGUUGAUGAUGUAUGCAACAAUCUGGUUACGGGAACACAACCGAGUCUGCGAUGUGUUGAAAGUGGAGCAUCCUGACUGGGACGAUGAACGGCUUUUUCAGACAACUCGACUUAUACUGAUAGGGGAGACCAUCAAAAUUGUAAUUGAAGAUUAUGUGCAACAUCUGAGUGGUUAUCACUUCAAGCUGAAAUUUGACCCAGAGCUCCUCUUCAACCAACAAUUCCAGUACAGUAACCGGAUUGCAUCCGAGUUCAAUACCCUCUACCAUUGGCAUCCUCUCAUGCCAGAUACUUUCAACAUCCAGGACAGAGAAUACAGUUACCGUGAAUUCCUCUUCAAUAACUCAGUAUUGUUGGAGCAUGGCAUCUCCAACAUGGUGGCCUCAUUCACCAGGCAGAUUGCUGGCAGGGUUGCUGGGGGUAGAAAUAUGAAUGCAGCAUUGAUUAAAGUGGCCAUCUCUACUAUUGAGCACACUCGUCAGAUGCGAUAUAAGUCUCUCAAUGAAUAUAGGAAACGCUUCUUAAUGAAACCUUAUGAAUCUUUUGAAGAGCUUACAGGAGAAAAAGAGAUGGCAGCUGAACUGAGAGAACUUUAUGGGGAUAUUGAUGCAAUAGAGAUGUAUCCUGCUUUGAUGAUAGAAAAACCAAGACCUGGAUCCAUAUUUGGAGAAACAAUGGUUGAGAUGGGGGCCCCUUUCUCUUUGAAGGGUUUAUUGGGGAACGCCAUUUGCUCCCCAGAAUAUUGGAAACCCAGCACCUUUGGUGGGAAAGUUGGUUUUGACAUUGUGAACACUGCAACACUAAGCAACUUAGUCUGCAACAAUGUGAAAGGGCCAUGCCCUAUGGUUUCGUUCAGUGUUCCUGAAUCUAUACCUAACAAAGAAAGCUCUAUCAGCACCAAAUCUUCCAGUUCAGGCUUGGACAAUGUUAAUCCACAGGGACAUGCACUGUUGAAAGAGCAAUCAACAGAACUUUAAAAUGUUUUGUUUUAAUUGGAUGAAUGCGUUAUAAAAGGUGCUAGAGUAAUGGUGGAGGUAGUACAGUUGGUUUCAGUACCCUGGGUUAGAGAGGCGGAAUUGAUUCCUCUCUUUAGCGGCCCUGAGAAGCAAUUUGGGUCACUUCAGAGGGCUUUUUACUUCGAGUCACCCGAAGAAUGUUUGAUGUAAAUGCUUCCUGAUUUCAAAUGGCAAAAAAGCACAAUGCUGGAAUAUUUCUUCAUUCCCCUUAUGUCCACUACUGAAGCUCUAGCUGAAUGCUUUUCAGCACAGCAACCAUGUGCAGCAUGAGCUAUUUGAUCAUCUCAGCCUAUAGUCCUCCAUGUAAUCUUUAGCUCCCAUUCUAACCAGACAUUUUGGAUUCCUUUCUCGUUAAUCUCUAGUUACACAUGAGAUUUGUUAAUUUUAAUGACUCAUCCUCCAAUUCAGAUAGAACAGCACUGCAAUUGGCCCUAACAUCUUUGUUCUAGGUAGGGGAGGAUUCUCAUGCCUGAUGACAAGUCAGUGGCCCUUGCUGAAAUGGCAUAUGUGUGGAUAUCUGGUGAGAAUGGCAUCAGUUUUUGCCAGGAUUGCCUUUUCAUAGCCACAUAUCUCACAAACAUUCACAGUCUAGACUUAUUCACGGGGCCACUGAUGCCUGUGGAAUUGUGCUUCAGCAUGAGUCACCAACUUCAACACAGAAUGGGUGGAAAUGGCAAACUGAUUAUCCCUGAAUGUCGUCAAUAACCAUCCCUAAAUGGCUUCAAUAACUUCCUGUAUUUAUUAUUAUUUAUUUUAAACUUAUUUAUUGUCUAACAUUUGUAAUUAUUAUUCAAACUGAACUGUACUUAUUUAUUUAUGGGGGAACAAAUGCAGUUUACAUAAAAUAUUAUUUUUUUGAUGAUAAGGAACAAAGGCUCAGGAAUUGGUGUUCUUGCCUUCUGAAGUUUAUAUAUUCUUAAUUAUUAAAGUAGCUGGUAGUUGCACAGUAAAAAUUCCAAAUUGGGUGUUUCCCCAACAUGUUUUGCCCUGAAGAGGCAAAAUCAUUGCAUUCUCCAACUGUAGUCUGGUGGAGUUUUAUUUGUAACGUAAUUCAUGAAUUUUAUAAUGAUUUUUUACAUUUAAUUGAUCAUAUAUGUGUUAUAUAAAUUGAUGUGCCUAGACUGUAAGAAAUAUGUCCGUCUUUUUAAAGCAAAAACUUUGCUGCUGUGCAGCAGACUUGUGACCAAAAAAUACAUCAUAGCACAAGCAAAAGCAGCAUCUCUCUUGAACAUACAAGGGAGAGGAUUCGCUUUUAGAAGCAGCUACAGUAACUGAUCAGAAAUGAAUGUUAGCAAUAAGAUAAAAUAUUGUUCAGACCUUGAUACUGGGAAUGAUGCACUGUUAACCUCUGCCAGCACACUUGAUUAUUGUUAGCACUGUAAUUAAGCAUUAAUCUAUGUUUCAGAACACUUUCAGCUAUUACAAAAUGUCCUUUCUGUAAAAAAAAACACCCUGUUGACAGACUGCACUUUAUACGUAAAUGUUUUUUUGUACUUUUUGGAAAAAGAAACUUGGUGAAUGUCAAACUAAUAAAAACAAAUUAAAACAA